GCAGCGGCAGCAGCAGCGGCGGCGGCUGCACGACCUGAGACGGAGACACAGACAGACGCUGGACGCUGGGCUUGUCGGGAGGAGCGACAGGCACGCAGGGAGGGCGGAAGCCUCACCGGACGAGUUCCAGCAGCUACUAGCUGGCGCUCCCUGUCUGGUCUGCCGGAGGGAGAAUUGAAAGCAUCCAGAGAAUUCUGACUUUGAGUGAGCCAUGACAACUGCCAUAGUUAAAUGGUGAAGAUAGAUAUAGUCCAAUUGCCAAAUUGAAGGUGUGAUUAUAAUAGCAUAUGUGUCUGUUUGUGGGUCCUUAUACACACCCACAAACAUAUUGUUGCAGCCAUUCAAAUCGGUUGUUGCAAACUUCAACAUUUUUGCAAUUUAUGAAAGUUAUUGCAAGCAUCAGCAUAGCAACCUGAUAGCAUAUGAGGACCAAAAAUCCAUGAAGUACGAUCUGCUGCUUGUGGUCAGCCUCCCAAAUGAUCUGCAACGAGUGAAGAAAAAAAAUUGCAAAAAGCAAACACAGCUAAACAGCCUCUGAACAGAGUAAAUGGCACCAAAACAUUUAAGAAAGUGAUAAAAUUUGAGCAGGAAAUAGAGUGAUAUUGUCAUUCCCAAAGGAGGAAUUAUGUGAAAUUAUCACAUCUUUUGCUGUAUUAGAAUUGGAGUCACUUGGAUUUAAUACAUUUGCUAAUUAAGGAGUGACAAAUAAUUUUACAGUAAUGAUUAAAGAAGAACAAGCUAAGGGGUAAUGGGAAUGCUCUCGAGUUGACCUUCGGUUUUCACGCUUGCAUUAAAUUUGACAAUGGAGCUUGCUAUUUUUCCUUCUCUGUUCCUUGUUGACAUGGUACAAAUAAAAAUAAAUAUUUGAUCAUCAAUAUUACUCAAAGCUUUUGGAACACUUUAAAAAUACACUCCACUGCCACAAAUGUAUUGGUUAGAAUUAUGCAUUUGAGCUCUAAAGUAGCCCAGUAAGGAAGGAGCCUGUUGAAGAGCCAAGGAAGCAACGUGGGCAACAGCACAACAAAAGAAAAAUUGGGUGUUUUUUAAAAUUAGCCCGACACUUAUUCCGAAUUGGCCAUUUUGCCUUUCUUUUCUUUUUCCAACACACUUGUUCAGUAAAUAAAAUACUGUAAAAUAAUACCUGCUUUUAAUUCUGAUUCAUGUUUUAGCAUUGAAGAUAUAGACUUUCCAGCAAAAGGGGAAAGUCAACAGCCCAUUAUUUUGGAGAAGGCUUCAUUAGUCACCCAGGUGAACUUUCUUGCUUUAAAACCCUUAGAAAGGUUUGAAAAAGUUUUAAAAGAAAACCACUUGCUAAAUGAAAAGACACUUUUGCUUUUACGCCUCUGCGCGGCAACAAUUUGUGAGGAAGCAGGCAAGGCAGCGCAAUAAAUUGGGUCACCUGUGGAAGCGGCAAGAAUGCCACCGGCUGCCAAAGAAAUGGGACUUCCUUUGGAUUGCAAAUGGUCUGGGUGGAACAGUGAGCAGCUGAGUUUAGAAAGGGCUUUUUUUCCAUCUGGCCUGGCACGCUGCUAACUACGCCGAAUUCUGGCUUAUGGUCUUGCACAGUCUGUGUGCCUUUUUUCUCCCCUUUAUGCAAUCUUUCUCAGCUUUAGCAGCAGAUACUUUGGUCUGGUGGGAAUAACAUGCCAGAGGGUGAAUUUGGGGAAAGAUAAAUGAAUACACUCUGGGUUUGCAAGUCCGACUGGAGGAAAUAUUUUUAAAGCCUUAAGUUACUUGAAAACCUUCACUUCUGCAAAUUUUUGUCUCUGGAAUUGCGUAAUGCUGUGCUGGAAAUCUCAGGCCGCAUGGUGGUUCUGUCCAACUGAGCAAAAAGACGACACGCCAAUUCUCGGAGCGCCUCUUCUGCAGUAGCUGUUUCUCCAAAGGAUAAGUGUACCCCUCACUCCACUGACUCCAAAUCAAGAUGAAUCUGACUGAUUUUCAUUUUUUUAAGUGUUACAUUUUCUUAGCCAACCAUCAUCAUCUUUUAUAAGGAAAUUUUUCACUAUGCAUUGGGUGGAUAUUUAUAAAAACUGAUCUUCUCUUCUGCUUCAGCCCCUCUCGAUUCGGAUCUGUCUUAAAACUUUUGGUCCUCUCAAUAGAAAUUACAACCACAAAGAGAUUUAUUUAUACUUGCUGCACUAGACAUAGUACUUUUCUUAUGUCAAAAGGGAAACAUACAACAAAGCAUGUACGCAGCAGUGGAACAUGGGCCUGUUCUCUUUAGCGAUUCCAACAUCCUCUGUCUCUCAUGGAAAGGCAGGGUUCCAAAAAGUGAAAAGGAGAAACCUGUAUGCCGGAGGCGAUAUUACGAGGAAGGUUGGUUGGCCACAGGAAAUGGCAGGGGAGUAGUGGGUGUUACCUUCACGUCCAGCCACUGUAGAAAGGACAGAAACACACCCCAGCGAAUCAACUUCAAUUUAAGAGGCCACAACAGUGAGGUGGUUCUUGUACGAUGGAAUGAACCCUUCCAGAAGCUGGCAACUUGUGAUGCUGAUGGUGGAAUAUUUGUUUGGAUUCAGUAUGAAGGCAGAUGGUCUGUGGAGCUUGUGAACGAUCGUGGAGCACAGGUGAGCGAUUUUACAUGGAGCCAUGAUGGAACACAAGCGCUUAUAUCAUACAGAGAUGGAUUUGUGCUGGUUGGAUCGGUCAGUGGACAAAGACAUUGGUCUUCAGAGAUUAACCUGGAGAGUCAGAUCACCUGUGGCAUAUGGACACCUGAUGAUCAACAGGUCUUAUUUGGUACUGCUGAUGGUCAAGUUAUUGUUAUGGAUUGCCAUGGCCGAAUGCUGGCACAUGUUCUUCUUCAUGAGUCUGAUGGCAUCCUUAGUAUGUCUUGGAAUUACCCAAGUUUCUUGGUGGAAGACAGUAGCGAGAGUGACACAGAUUCAGAUGAUUAUUCCCCACCACAAGAUGGUCCAGCAGUAUAUCCAGUCCUGGUUCAGAACACCAAACAGCUUCUCACUGUCAGCUUCACAUCAGGAGAUAUUAGCUUAAUGAACAACUAUGAUGACUUAUCUCCCACCACCAUCCGCUCAGGGUUAAAAGAUGUAGUGGCUCAGUGGUGCACACAAGGAGACUUGCUGGCCGUAGCAGGCAUGGAAAAACUAAGCCAACUGGCUGAACUUAACGCUGCUUCUUUUCUGAAAAGCGCACUCGUCAAAUUCUACAAUAUUCAUGGGGAACACAUCUACACGUUGGAGACCCCUGUGCAGCGCCCCAUUAUUUCAAUUUGCUGGGGUCAUAGGGACUCACGUCUGCUCAUGGCUUCUGGCCCUGCCCUGUAUGUUGUCCGAGUAGAGCACCGAGUGUCCAGCUUACAGCUCCUGUGCCAACAAACAAUUGCCAGCUCUUUGCGGGACGACAAAGAUAUCAGUAAAUUAACCCUGCCUCCUCGGCUUUGUUCAUACCUAACCACUGCCUUUACACCAACAAUCAAGCCUCCUAUCCCAGACCCUAAUAACAUGCGAGAUUUUGUUAGUUACCCAACAUCUGGCAAUGAAAGGCUUCACUGUACAAUGAAGCGGACAGAAGAUGAUCCAGAAGUUGGAGGUCCUUGCUAUACGUUGUAUUUAGAAUAUUUGGGUGGUCUGGUGCCUAUCUUGAAAGGUCGUCGAAUUAGUAAACUCAGGCCUGAGUUUGUCAUCAUGGAUCCUAAAACAGAUGGAAAAGCAGAUGAAAUCUAUGGAAACAGCUUGAUUUCUACCAUGAUUGAUAGCUGCAACUGUUCUGAUUCCAGCGAUAUUGAACUGAGUGAUGACUGGGCUGGGAAAAAAUCUCCCAAAAUCACUCGUGCUAGUAAAUCACCCAAACUUCCCAGAAUUAAUAUAGAAGCUCGCAAAUCUCCGAAGUUAUCACGAGCUGCUCAGGAGAUAUCAAGAUCUCCUAGAUUGCCAAUAAGGAAGCCCUCCAUAGGAUCACCUAGCUUAACUCGUAGAGAAUUUCCUUUAGAAGACAUCACUCAGCACAAUUACCUUGCUCAGGUCACAUCAAAUAUCUGGGGCACCAAAUUUAAAAUUGUAGGCUUGGCUGCGUUCCUACCAACCAAUCUCGGUGCAGUUAUCUAUAAAACCAGCUUGUUGCAUCUUCAGCCAAGGCAAAUGACCAUUUAUCUCCCAGAAGUGCGGAAGAUUUCCACUGAUUAUAUCAACCUACCUGUUUUCAAUCCCAAUGUUUUUAGUGAAGAUGAAGAUGAUUUGCCAGUGACUGGAGCAUCAGGAGUUCCUGAGAACAAUCCACCUUGCACUGUAAACAUCCCAAUUGCUCCUAUUCACAGUUCAGCACAAGCAAUGUCACCAACUCAGAGCAUAGGGUUGGUGCAGUCUUUGCUUGCUAAUCAGAAUGUGCAACUGGAUGUCCUCGCAAAUCAGACAACCGCUGUGGCGGCAGCAGACCACGUGGCUGAUAAUGCAGUCCAUUAUCCGAUCCCAAGCAGAUACUCUAGCCCGGGCCAAGUGAUCUUUGGAGGAGUAGAAAUGGGACGUAUCCUCCAGGUCCCUCCUCAGUUACCCUUGCCACCCCAGAAUGCCAUCCAGAUGGCAAUUGUGGACCACAGAGAUGGGGACAGAGACCACGAACACCUCCAAAAAGCUAAAGCUCUGCGUCCCAUUCCCCAGGUGGCGGAAGGAGACACAGCUGUCUUCAGCACUGCCCAAGAAAUUCAACUGAACAAAAUAAACCCUCCGCCUCCAUACCCCGGAACCAUACCUGCGGCUCCUACCACGGCUCCACCACCACCACCCCCUCCUCCAGUACCUCCACAACCUCCAGUAGAUCUCUGUUUGAAAAAAGGUGAUUUCUCUCUGUAUUCAGCAGCCCAUUACCAAACCCCUCUUGGCUAUGAGAGAAUCACCACCUUCGACAGCAGUGGGAAUGUCGAGGAGGUGUGCCGCCCUCGAACCCGGAUGGUGUGUGCUCAGAACACGUACACUCUGCCUGGGCCAGGCAGUUCGGCCACUUUACGGAUUACUUCAUCAGAGAAGAAGAUUCAGCAGCCAUGCACUAGCGCCACCUUGAACAGGCUCACAGUUCCGCGUUACUCCAUUCCAACAGGGGAUCCACCCCCUUAUCCAGAGAUUGCAGCCCAGCUAGCUCAAGGCCGGGGCAUCACGCAGAGGUUGGACAAUAGCAUCAUCCAUGCUACACUGCGGAGAAAUAGCAGGGAGGCAGCCCUGAAAAUGGCUCAGUUGGUGGACAGCCAGAGGGCCACUUUGCAGUUCCCAUUGAAACUGAAGAGCAAUGUUGUGGGAGCCCAGUACCAGCAGCGAGUGCCAACUGCCCUGUACACGUGCAGCCAGUGCAGCAGCAACACGAACAAUGGCGCCAGCAACACAAACAACGGAAAUGGGAACAUCAGUAAUAUCAACGCAAGCAACGGCACAUCAGGCCUCAGCACUAUGAGGCCUGAUGUAACCACGGGGAGCAGCUCUCAGCACAAUUCAGUCAUUGCACACUCAGCCAGUACAUCGCCUUUGGCCUCCCAAUCCUCUUACAAUUUACUGAACCCACUUGACAAUUCUCGGGAGCGGACCGAUUACGUAAACUCUGCCUUCAUGGAGGACGAGGCUCUUUCUCAACACUGCCCUGUGGAGAAAUCAGCACGCCACAUCCCUGUAGCCAUGGCAGAACCUAACAUUGCUGUAAAAAGGCCACCUCCCUAUCAGUGGGAACCUAUUGUGAGCGAGGAGAUAUGGGUGCCUCAAGAAAGGACAGCUCAUAGUACUUUGCCCAACCCUGGUAAAUCCAACCCUCUAGUCAUUGGCCAAGCUCAACAUUUGGAUAUAUCCCGAGCAACCUUUGUUUCCCCCAAAUCUCCAACCAGUCCCACUGCCACUUUCCAGAUGAGUUAUGGUGUUGGAGCACCGUAUUUGGGAAAUUAUAGUAUUCCUCCUCCUCCACCUCCUCCUCUUCAAGGAAUGCAGGUGCCCUGCUCUCCCAAAGACGCGCUGGCCCCAUCCCAAAUUGUACAACAGGAGCCAUCUGUUCUUCUUCAGCCAGCCUAUCCCUCAAACCUCUCGUACUGCCCUUUGCCUCCCAUGUAUCCUGGAAAUAGUACUUGUUCAAGUUUACAGCUGCCACCAAUGGCCUUGCAUCCAUGGAAUUCCUAUAGCACAUGCCCACCUUCUGUCCAGAGUACCCAGAAUGUUCUGCCACCCAAGGCGCUUCUGGUGGUGGACAAAUCUGUUAUGUCUCCACCGCCUGUAGAAUCUCCGGGUCAUGUGGGCUCUGAUGUGAUGGCCGAGACAGCAGAUAACUUCCAAGAAGUGCUCUCCUUGACUGAAAGUCCCAUUUCUCAGAGGACAGAUAAGUUUGGGAAGAAGAAUCGCAAGCGGCUGGAUAGCCGGGCGGAUGAAGGAAAUAUGCAGGCUAUCACAGAGGGGAAAGUCAAGAAGGAGGCCAGGACCACAUUGACUGACUUCAAUUCCCUGAUAGCCAGCCCAAGAUUGGGCAGGGAAAAGAAAAAACUCAAGAGCCAGAAAGAUCAGCUGAAGUCAAAAAAACUGAACAAGAUGAAUGAAUUUCAGGACAGCUCAGAAAGUGAGCCUGAAUUGUUUAUUAGCGGGGAUGAACUGAUGAAUCAGAGCCAAGGGAGUAAAAAGGGGUGGAAAACUAAAAGGAACUUGAGGACAGCCAGCGAACUGGAUGAAUUUAAAUGUCGGAAAGCAAACGAGAAGGAAGAUGGGCGGCUGGGAAACCAGGGCUUUGUGUAUGUGAUGGCAAAUAAACAGCCUUUGUGGAAUGAGGCAACCCAGGUCUAUCAGCUGGACUUUGGAGGGAGGGUGACUCAAGAAUCUGCAAAGAACUUCCAGAUUGAGCUGGAAGGAAGACAGGUCAUGCAGUUUGGACGGAUUGAUGGCAAUGCCUAUAUCUUGGACUUUCAAUAUCCAUUUUCAGCGGUGCAGGCCUUUGCAGUAGCUUUGGCUAAUGUGACUCAACGUCUGAAAUGAAAAACAACCUAGAAAGGAUUACAAAAAAAUAAAAUAAAAAAAUAAAUAAAAAAAUCCACCCCACCCAGUGGAGCUUUCUCAUAAGGGCCAGCCCAGGAAAUGUCAGGGUGGAGGUCUGGUAGAGUUGCACAAAGGAAUCUGGGAGGAAAGGUGGAAAUGCAACUGGAAAAGUCUACAAGUGCCCAAAGGAGGGCAUCAACUUUAAACACUUGGGGGAAUGAGGUGGGGACCCUUUUGGUUUGGGGUUAAAUUUAUUUGAAUCAAUAUUUUGCUGAUUUUUCAGAGCAAGGGAAGGAUGAGAUCUAUUCCGUUUUAUGCUGGGAAAAUGUGGCUUUUGACUUGUGAUGGUUCUUCUGUGUUUGCUGCAAAAAACAAGCUAAUGUAAGAUGAUAGAGGGAUUUUAAAGAUUGCCCUUCCUUCCUUCCUUCUUUCCUUCCUUCCUUCCUUCCUCCCUCCCUCCCUCCCUCC